UUUUGUUAUGGAGCAGGAGUGUUACCAGACGGCCACCUGAAAGGAGCAUUAGGAAAAAGUGUGACAUUUACUACAACCAUUGAUCCACCAGACCUGCCAUUUGUAACAAUAGCCUGGAUUUUUAAUGUGUCCACCACUAUAAUAUCGACCAGGGCCCUACCUGGUAGUGACACUAUAGGGUCUGGAUACAAAGAUAGGAUCUUUCUGAACAGAUCCACUGGAUCUCUGGAGCUCAGGAAUCUCUCCCAGAAUGACACUGGAGAGUACAGACUGACCAUUACACCAGCUGUGGGAGAUUUACUAACUGGAGACACAACAGUGAAGGUGUAUGGUGAGUACUUUCUGUUGUGUUGUUGCAGCUGCACCUCAUAGCCUACAGUACUCUUACAGUCAUAUAGUCACAAUGUUUAAGAUGUUUUUUAUUUAUAGAUUAUUACAUUUUCCUGUGAGACUGACAAUAAUUUGCACAUUGGGUUUUGAAGGAUAUAGCUCGUCGAUCCCUCCCCUCUGGUGGCAAAUUUUAACUAAUUGUAACCCUCUAGAUAUUACAGUGCCUUGAAAAAGUGUUCAAACCCCUUGGAUACUUCACAUUUUAUUAUGUUAUAAAGUGUGAUUAAAAUGGAUUUAAUUGUAAUUAAAAAAAUACUUGAAAUACUCUGUAUUGUCAAAGUGGAAGAAAAGUGCAAUUAUUUUUAAAACUAAAAUAUAGUCGUUGCAUUCAACCCCAUCCAUUCAGCCCCUUUGUUCAGGUAAGUCUUGUGGGGUAUAUAUUGGUGUCCGAGCUAUGUGCUAGUAGUUUAAACAGAAAACCCAGUGCAUUCAGCAUGUCAACACUUCUUACAAAAACAAGGAGUGAUGAAGCCAAUCUCUCUUCCACUUUGAGCCAUGAGAGAUUUACAUGCAUAUUAUUAAUGGUAGCCCUCGGUGUACAUUUAAGGGCCAGCUGUGCUGCCAUGUUAUGAGCCAAUUGUAAUUUUUAUGGGAGUAAACUGAGGAUUGAUCAACAAAACAACGAAAAUUCACUGUCCCAACACUUUUGGCACUCACUGUAGGCCUAGCUUGGAUUUCGAUUAUUUGAUUUUCAAAGAAGGUUGGUUUACCUAAUGUCACACAACCACACUGUAGCAAACCACUAACACUAUCCUUUCGGAAAUGGUUAAACAAAUAUAUACAGUACCAGUCGAAAGUUUGGACAUACCUACUAUUUCAAAGGUUGUUCUUUAUUUUUACUAUUUUCUACAUUGUAGAACAAUAGUGAAGACAUCAAAACUAUGACAUAACACAUAUGAAAUCAUGUAGUAACCAAAAAAGUGUUAAACAAAUCAAAAUAUAUUUUAUAUUUGAGAUUCUUCAAAUAGCCACUCUUUGCAUUGACGACAGCUUUGCACACUCUUGGCAUUCUCUCAACCAGCUUCACCUGGAAUGCUUUUCCAACAGUCUUGAAGGAGUUGUUGGCUGCUUUUCCUUCACUCUGCGGUCCAACUCAUCCCAAACCAUCUCAAUUGGGUUGAGGUUGGGGGAUUGUGGAGGCCAGGUCAUCUGAUGCAGCACUCCAUCACUCUCCUUCUUGGUAAAAUAGCCCUUACACAUCCAAGAGGAGUGUUGGGUCAUUGUCCUGUUGAAAAACAAAUGAUAGUCAAACUAAGCCAAAACCAGAUGGGAUGGCGUACCGCUGCAGAAUGCUGUGGAAGCCAUGCUGGUUAAGUGUGCCUUGAAUUCUAAAAACAUCACAGACAGUGUCACCAGCAAAGCACCCCCACACCAUAACACCUCCUCCUCCAUGCUUUACAGUGGGAAAUACACAUGUGGAGAUCAUCCGUUCACCCAUACUGCAUCUCACAAAGCCACGGCGGUUGGAACCAAAAAUCUCCAAUUUGGACUCCAGAACAAAGGACACAUUUCCACCGGUCAAAUGUCCAUUGCUCGUGUUUCUUGGCCCAAGCAGGUCUCUUCUUCUUAUUGGUGUCCUUUAAUAGUGGUUUCUUUGCAGCGAUUUUACCAUGAUGGCCUGAUUCACAUUGUCCCCUCUGAACAGUUGAUGUUGAGAUGUGUCUGUGACUUGAACUCUUUGAAGCAUUUAUUUGGGCUGCAAUUUCUGAGGCUGGUAACUCUAAUGAACUUAUCCUCUGCAGCAGAGGUAACUCUGUGUCUUCCAUUCCUGUGGCGGUCCUCAUGAAAGUGUCACGCCCUGACUCAGGGGACUCUUAUAUGUUGAGUCAGGGUGUGAAUGUUCUAUGUUGUAUUUUCUAUGUUUGUGAUCUAGUAUGUAUAGUUCUAUGUUGGCCGGUGUGGUUCCCAAUCAGAGGCAGCUGUCGCUCGUUGUCUCUGAUUGGGGUCCAUACUUAGGCAGCCUAUUGGCACUGUAAUAAUAAUAAUAAUAAUAUGCCAUUUAGCAGACGCUUUUAUCCAAAGCGACUUACAGUCACACGUGCAUACAUGUUUGUGUAUGGGUGGUCCCGGGUAUCGAACCCACUACCUUGGCGUUACAAGCGCUGUGCUCUACCAGCUGAGCUACAGAGGAACACAGCUGUCUAGUUGUGGGAUCUUGUUCCUGGUAAGGUUAGUUGUGUGUCCACCUUAGGACUUCACGUUUCGUUUCCUUUCCUUUGUUGUUUUGUCGUGUGAUUAUAGUUCAAUAAACAUGUACGCAUAUCACGCUGUGCCUUGGUCUGACCCAUCAUUCAACGAAUGUGACAGAAAACCAGUUUCAUCAUAGCGCUUGAUGGUUUUUGCAACUGCACUUGAAGAAACUUUCAAAGUUCUUGACAUUUUCCAGUUUCACUGACCUUCAUAUCUUAAAGUAAUGAUUGACUGUCGUUUCUCUUUGUUUAUUUGAGCUGUUCGUGCCAUAAUAUGGACUUGGUCUUUUACCAAAUAGGGCUAUCUUCUGUAUACCCACCCUACCUUGUCACAACACAACUGAUUGGCUCAAACGCAUUAAGAAGGAAAGAAAUUCCACAAAUUAACUUUUAAGAAAAAUGUCCAAUCAAUUGAAUUUACCAGAAGUGGACUCAUAACAAGUUUUAGAAACAUCUCAAGGAUGAUUAAUGGGAAAAGGAUGCACCUGAGCUCAAGUGGUGUCGAGUGUCAUAGCAAAGGGUCUGAAUACUUUUAUAUAAAUAAGGUAUUUUUAUUUUUGCUAAAAUUUAUAAAAACCUGUUUUCACUUUGUCAUUAUGGGGUAUUGUGUGUAGAUGAAUGAGGAAAACAUUUAAUUUAAACCAUUUUAGAAUAAGGCUGUAACGUAACAAAAUGUGGAAAAAGGGAAUGGGUCUGAAGGGGUCUGAAUCAACUGUGUAUAUAUAGAGUACUAGUCAAAAGUUUUGACACACCUACUCAUUCAAGGGUUUUCCUUUAUUUUUCCUAUUUUCUACAUUGUAGAAUAAUACUGAAAACACCCAAACUAUGAAAUAACACAUGUGGAAUCAUGUGGUAACCAAAAAAGAGUUAACAAAUCAAAAUAUAUUUUAUAUUUGAGAUUCUUCAAAGUAUCCACCCAUUGCCUUGAUGACAGCUUUGCACGCUCUUGGCAUUCUCUCAACCAGCUUCACCUGGAAUGCUUUUCCAACAGUCUUGAAGGAGUUCCCACAUAUGCUGAGCACUUAUUGGCUGCUUUUCCUUCCCUCUGCGGUCCAACUCAUCCCAAACCAUCUCAAAUUGGGUUGAGGUCGGGUGAUUGUGGAGGCUAGGUCAUCUGAUGCAGCACUCCAUCACUCUCCUUCUUGGUCAAAUAGCCCCUAUACAGCCUGGAGGUGUGUUGGGUCAUUGUCCUGUUGAAAAACAAAUGAUAGUACCACUAAGAGCAAACCAGAUAGGAUGGCGUAUCGCUGCAGAAUGCUGUGGUAGCCAUGCUGGUUAACUGUGCCUUGAAUUCUAAAUUAAUCACUGACAGUGUCACCAGCAAAGCACCCCCACACAAUCACACCUCCUCCUCCAUGCUUCACGGUGGGAACCACACAUGCAGAGAUAAUCCGUUCACCUACUCUGCGUCUCACAAAGACACGGAGGUUGGAACCAAAAAUCUUAAAUUUGGACUCAUGAGACCAAAGGACAGAUUUGCUCAUGUUUCUUGGCCCAAGCAAGUCUCUUCUUCUUAUUGGUGUCCUUUAGUUGUGGUUUCUUUGCAGAAAUUCGACCAUGUAGGCCUGAUUCACGCAUUCUCCUCUGAACAGUUGAUGUUGAGAUGUGUCUGUUACUUGAACUCUGUGAAGCAUUGUUUGGGCUGCAAUUUCUGAGGCUGGUAACUCUAAUGAACUUAUCCUCUGCAGCAGAGGUAACUCUGGGUCUUCCAUUCCUGUGGAGGUCCUCAUGAAAGCCAGUUUCAUCAUAGCGCUUGAUGAUUUUUGCAACUGCACUUGAAAAAACUCUCAAAGUUCUUGACAUUUUCUGGAUUGACUGACCUUCAUGUCUUAAAGUAAUGAUGGGACUGUCAUUUCUCUUUGCUUAUUUGAGCUGUUCUUGCCAUAAUAUGGACUUGGUAUUUUACCUAAUAGGGCUAUCUUCUGUAAACUAACCCUACCUUGUCACAACACAACUGAUUGGCUCAAACGCACUAAGAAGGAAAGAAAUCCCACAAAUUAACUCUUAAGAAGGCACACCUGUUAAUUGAAAUGCAUUCCAGGUGACUACCUCAUCAAGGCAAAGGGUGGCUGCUUUGAAGAAUCUCAAAUAUAAAAUAUAUUUUGAUUUGUUUAACACUUUUUUGGUUACUACAUUAUUCCAUAUGUGUUAUUUCAUAGUUUGAUGUCUUCAUUAUUAUUCUACAAUGUAGAAAAUGGUAAAACAAAUAAAGAAAAACCCUUGAAAUAGUAGGUGUGUCCAAACUUUUGACUGGUACUGUAUAUAGUUUCAAAGAUAUCCCUAAGACAUUUUACAGAAAUCUAUAUUAUACAAUUGUAAUUAAUUGCUAGUAGUUAGUCUUUAAUAUGUUAGCCCCAAAAUGGACCAAACCGAAUAUCCCCUUUUUAAUGUACAUUCUUAAGAAUUCUCCUCUGCGUCAUUUAUAAAGUGCAAGCGUUUGAGAAGCACUGAGUACAUGGUGCCUUUAACCUCAAACAAGGAAGAUGAUCAGGUUGUGAUGCUCUACUUAGCUAUCAAGAUAUUAUGGCCCUAUUCCUGCCCAAUUGUUUAAGAAAUUGAUGAGAUUGUUGCUAUUUUCAUCUUGGUUAAUGUCAAUCUAGUUUGCAUGUUGCUGAUUCUGAUGUUCUCCAUUCAGCUAUUUUGAUAGUUUGUGUAUUAACAGUGAAGCUAAUUGUGUGUAGCUUUGGGUGAAAUAGUCUGCUAUAAGUACAGCUUUGUUCUUAUGUUUUUAACCCACAGAGUCAGUCUCCAAUGUGGUGAUAACUCCCAACAACACAGACUUAGUGGAGUUCAACAGCUCUGUCAGUCUGUCCUGCUCCUCCUCUGGCUCCUCCCCCUUCUCUUACCACUGGCUGAAUGGCAGCUCAGAUGUCACAGCCAGUGAUGGAGUUCAGCUUGGUGAUGGGAACAGCACUCUCACCAUAACCAAUGUGACUCGGUAUAACCAGGGGCUGUUCAUGUGCGUAGUGUCCAACCUCGUCAGCUUUGACAAAGAGACACUAAUGCUUUACAUCAGCUGUGAGUGUCUAACUCUUAAAUUAUUUGCAUGUUGAUUGAGCCACUUAGGUAAACUUUGAUAGUUAACUUUCAUGUAGUUUGUGUAGUCACCACUUGACAUAGUUCCCCGGAAACAGCAUCUACUUAAAAAUAACAAGGCUUGAUGAAUAUGGUACUUUUGGUUAAAGGAUUGGUUCACUAUGUAUUUACCAAAUCUCUAUUUUUUAUCACUCUCACCCGCAAUAGGCUUCCUCAUUGCUCAUUUUGUAGUAUGGGUGCUACAGAAAAACAUGAACAUAGGCUCCAAAAACACCCAAAGACAUCAUUUUAGAAACAGCACUGCUCUCAGUAUAGUGAUGCAGGUCUUUAGAUGUUGUACACACAAAUUGUGUAAUUUUGAACUUUAUCCGCAACAUUAUUGUAACAUAGACGCAGGGAGUCAGGAAGCAGGUGCAGUUAGUUGAUAACAAAAUAGUGUUAUAUAAAGGGUAGGUAAUCAAGGGAGUAAUGAAGUCCAGGUGUGAUUGAUGAUGAUGAGAUGCAGGUGUGCGUAAUGAUGUUUGCCAGGUGUGUGUAAAGAUGGGUUGCCAGGACCAUUGGUUAGUAGACCGGUGACAUCGAGCGCCGGAGCUGGGGAGCGGGAGUGGACGUGACAGUGGGACUGGACGUGACAGUUAUAUUCCAUUUGGUGCAACUCGAGUGGUUUCCCCUAACCAGCUGUGCUGCGCAGGCUACAUGGACAAGCAACACAGCUGGUAGGGGGAAAUAGCUUGAGUCGCACAAAGUAGAAUAUAACGUUACGGAUAAAGUUAGAAAUUACACAAUUUCAUGUGUACAACACCCUUCUUUAGCAUGCAAUUUACAUCAAAAAUAGAGAUUUGUUUAAAAAUAUUGAACCAAUCCUUUAAGGCCAUGAAGAUGUUUUCCUUGCUUCAUAUACUGUAUCAUUAACACAUCAUGCUUUAAAAAGAUGUUCCCAUUCUGUGGCAUGUCUCAAUGGUCUUCAUGGGUCAUUUUAAAAUGUUUUGUCCCUAAGCUGUCAUCACUAUUGUGCGUGCUGGGUGACUGAUUGUGUGGUUGGUGGUGAUGGGAUACUGAAGCUAGAUACACACUAUUGAUAACAUGGACCCAUAAUAAUAAUAAAUGGUCCAAUGGGUCAUUAACAUGGUCUAGAAAGUAUCUGUUGGUCAACUUCCCCUCUUUAAUGGUGGCAUUUUUACAUGGACCAUUCAUUACAGAUGGUCCAGAAAACACAAGAAUGAAGGUGACCCCUCCAGAUGUACUGUAUGGAUCGGGGUCAAACCUCACUCUGUCCUGCUCCUCUGAGUCCUCCUGCCCAGUUUCAGUGGGCUCUGAAUGGAACGCUGCUGUCCAAUAAGGGACCAGAACUCAGGCUGGAGAACAUCCAGGCCAGUCAGAGCGGUAGCUACAGCUGCUGGGCCCAUAAUACCAGAACCCUGAGGUACCAGACACCUGAGCCCUCUGACAUCACUGUGCUACGUAAGUGG